AUGGUGUACCUAACAGAACAGGAAUUCGGAACCUGGAAGGGAGAAACAGUGAAAAAAUUCACGUGGAGGACUGAGAGUGGGUUUUCGCUCACCGCUCUCUCUUUUGGCGCUAUUGUACAAAAUAUACAUGCGCCAGAUAAGGAUGGGAAUUUAAGCGAUGUUGUUCUUGGAUUUGAUGACCUUCAAAGCUAUAUAGAUCGUAAUACUGAAAACUACGGCUGUGUGAUUGGCAGAGUGGCUAACAGGAUCGCUGAGGGAUCCUUCCAACUCGAUGGAGUCCAAUACAAUCUGAGUAAAAAUCGUGGCCCGCAUCAUUUACAUGGCGGUUAUUUAGGGUUCGACAAGGUAAACUGGAAUGCCACAGUGGAUGGUACAAAAGUGAUCUUCAGCAGAGUAUCAAAAGAUGGUGAAGAGGGAUAUCCCGGAAAUAUUCUCAUCAACAUUAUAUAUGAGGUGAAAGAUGAUGAUACGUGGUCCAUCGAGUAUAAAGGAGUAACAGAUAAGAAGACCAUUGUUAAUCUGACUAACCAUUCUUAUUUUAACCUAGCCGGUCACGAGACUGGCGCUGAAGAAUUAUACAACCAUGUUAUUAAUAUUAAUGCUGAUAAGAUGCUAGAAGCUAGAUCGGAUUGGAUACCUACAGGCAAAUUAGUCAAAAUCGCGGGAACGCCAUUAGAUUUGUACACGCCCAAGCGAUUGGGUGAAUUUAUAGAAUUGUCGAAAUUAUUAUUUCACCAUAACUUCUGUGUAUCAACAAAUGGCAAUAAGGGCAUGAACUUCAUAUCCCGCGUCGUGCACCCAUCAUCAGGCCGAUUCAUGGAGGUGUACAGUGAUCAGCCUGGUAUCAACUUCUAUACAGGCAAUUUCAUGCCAUCUGGCGAUCUACCGUCUAUACCCGGCAAAGAGGGUGUCGGCUACCGUCGUCACAGUGGAUUGUGUCUCGAAACUCAGAAAUAUAUAGAUGCGAUACAUCAUCCAAGCUUCCCUUCCAUAAUCCUGAAGCCAGGCGAAGUAUAUACUCAAAGAACGGAGUACAAGUUUGGAGUAGUAAGAAAUGGAAAUGGAAAUGGAAACGGGAAUGGUAAUAGUGUGAAGGUUAUGGGUUGA